CGUUAAGGUUAUGUAUCUAUCAUUUUGUUUAAGAAAAACAGGUCUAAAACACUAGUUAUGUUUUAUCAUAAAUAAUUAAUAUAUCUCUGAAAUAAAAAAAUAAUGUCGGUAACAUUUCACUGCCUAAAACAUAAACCGGCUUAUUAAUGUUGUUUCGAAGCUUAUUUAAGUCUCUUCUUUUUGGUGUACCAAUCGGUGUAACAUUCUUGGAUUCCGUGGGUUAUGUCGCGAGAGUCGAAGGGAUUUCUAUGCAGCCUGUACUCAACCCAGAGUCUCAAAAUAAGGAUUAUGUCUUCUUAUCUCGCUGGUCGGUCAGUGAUUACCAAGUGAACCGUGGUGACAUAAUAUCGUUGGUUUCUCCGAAAAAUCCCAAUCAAAUGAUAAUAAAGCGGGUCGUGGCGUUAGAAGGUGACGUCGUAAGCACACUUGGCUAUAAAAACAAAUAUGUAAGGGUACCCGAAGGCUACUGCUGGGUUGAAGGUGAUCAUACAGGCCAUACCCUUGAUAGCAACACAUUUGGUCCAGUCUCACUAGGCUUAAUAAGUGCUAAGGCUUUAUAUAUAGUGUGGCCACCUGAUAGAUGGCAGAGCUUGGAAGCAAAGUUGCCAGAGAACAGAAAACCAAUAAGUUUAGCAGUAUGAUCCUUCCGGAUUAAAUUUACAAUGAUAACUUAAAAUAUUACUUUUAAAAGAACAGUGUAGCUAUAUAAAAUAAUUAUCAUUUUAAAGCCAAGAUCUUGAUAUUUAUUUAUAUAUCUUACUUU